AUGUUGUCAAAAUUCCUGCGUGUAACUGGUCGGUGCGAGGCGUGUCUCUUCAGUGCGAAGUCCCUAGUAAAUCCUCAGAGGUUCCCGGCUCCAUCGAAGCCUCUAGUGAUCCCGACCAAAGUGAUCUCCCAUUUGCUGCAGCCCCAUGUACCGGUCCCUGCAAAGCCUCUAGUGACGCAGACCCGCGUGAUGUCCCACCUGAUUCCCCCCAGCCAGUACGACAUGCCGUGGUCCAAGAAACUGCAGAUGCUGUACGUGAUGAGAGUGUACUGGGAGACCAUACCGCUGUUCUUAACAACUUUCUUCGCUCUUGGCGUAUUGUUCUGUGCUAUCGCUUGGGCUAUCAACAAUAAGGUGGAUGCAGUUUUCCACACGCACAGCCGCGGAAACAUCUCCCGCACCAUGGACCUCCGCAAUCCGGAGUACCACAAGAUAAUGAUCAUCAACCAACGGUACGCGCCCUGGCCAGAAAUGCAAGACGUGCUGGACAAGAUGAAUGAGGCUGAGAAGAGGGCGUUGACCCGCGCGCAGUCCUGCUCCACGCCUUAG